UUGUACGCACGCUCGUCGCGUCCUUCAAGUAAAUGUUUUGUGGAGUGAAGUUUCCACAAACUUUCGAAGCUUCUAAAAACUUAGCAAUGUAACUUUUAACUGAAAUAAUAUUGCCUAACUUACCGUAAAUAUAAUUGAAAGUGCGUAUAUUACAGUUACACGGUGAUUUAUAGCGUUGUAAUACUGUAUAAAAUACAUACAAAGUUGAGUGAACUUGUAAGUAAAUGGUACCUUGUCCGUUUCACAUAAUUUAGUUGCUUGGUUGUGUGUCGCGUAUUCCUACAGGUGCUACUGAACUGAUUGUUGUGAAAUCAUGGAACCUAGCAACCAGUUGGGAAUGGUACUGCAGAAUUUUACUAACGAAAAACUAAAAAACAAAGUGUACUAAAACUGGGCAGUGGAUUCCCAUCGUGUCAUGGAAGAAAUGGAGCGAUUGUUCAAAAUGAAUACAAAUAAACUUUGUGUGGCGUAUAUUGUGAUGUUUUCGACAUGCAUCCUACAGUUUACAUCGUAUGCAGCAGAUACAACAGGACAAAUGCAGCCGCCGCGUUUUAGUAUGCAGCCAUCUUCUUCAAACAGCGUAGUAAGAGUUGGCACGACAAAAAUUUUGCAAUGUUCAGCGUUAGGCAUUCCACAACCGAUGUAUAGGUGGUUAAAGAACAGUGUUCCGCUCGGGGAUUAUUCUUCAGAACUAUUUUAUAAAAUCCACAAUACCCAGCAACAAGACGCCGGUUCUUACCAGUGUAUCGCGAAAAAUGACGUCGGGGCAAUUUUCAGCGAAAAGAAUAACAUUGUCGUCGCCUAUAUGGGGACAUUUGAUAAAGUCUCGGAAGAAACUAUCACUGCAGAAUCAGGACGGGCUGCUGUGCUGGAAUUUCCACACAUAGAAUCAGAACCACCACCCUCGGUUAUUUGGCAAGAUGAAAACGGCGCCUUGAGAUAUGACCAAAAAUAUGCAGUCACUGAUGAACAUCAACUUGUUAUCCUGUCAGCCUCGCAUGAUGAUGUGAAAUCAUAUCGAGUAAGAGCAAUAAAUACUCAAUUAGGUAAAGAAGAAAACAGUCCUUAUAUUAACUUGGAUGUCUUUGGGGACGACAACAAAGAAGUGCCACCAGAAAUUAUAAUUAAACCCAAAGACAAGAAAAUCAUCAAAGGUCAAGAAUACACAAAUUUGUAUUGUGUAGCUAACGCUCGACCCCUUCAUGAAUUAGAGACAUUAUGGUUCAAAGACGGAAUCAUGAUAGAUUUAGCGGGAAUCACAUUUGAUUUGAACGACCAAUGGAAUAGAACACUCAGUCUGAUAUCUGCUAAUUUGACACACACGGGACAGUAUACAUGCCAAGCGCGAUUGCGUACUGGUGGUUUCGCAACAGUCACAGCGUCUGCAAUGGUGACAAUUUAUGAAAAACCUGUAUUUUUAUCUAACUUAAAAUCGGAAACCUUUGGGGAAUUCGGCAACACAAUAGUAUUGGACUGCAACGUUCAAGGUAUACCUCUACCAGGAAUCACUUGGUAUAAAGAUGCAAGAAAAAUAGCAAGUGUUGGAGCCGAAGCUGCUAAUCACGACAAUGCCGAUGUUUAUGAUGGUGAAGGUCGUUAUAGAGUGGAAGUAGAUCGGUCACUUGUUAUCAGCAAUCUAAGGAUGGAGGACAUGGGCAUAUAUCAAUGCAUAGCUAGCAACGAAGCUGGGGAAUCGUCUAUCUACACCUGGUUAAAAAUUAAAAAAAAGGACAUAAUUCGUGUACCACGCAGUCACAUGAAGUUGAUUAGAAUGAGGACUACAGACAAAAAGGCUAAAACGUUCAAAUUCGAUACCGGCACGUCCCCGCCAGUAAUGCAGACAGCGCCGAGCAACCUGACCGUUCUGGACGGGAAGGACGCUUCCAUCGCGUGCCGCGCCAUCGGAGCCCCCACCCCCAACGUAACCUGGUACUUCAAUGAUUCGCUAAUCAUCAACCUUUCGGGGAGGUUACAAGCUUUGGAUGAAGGAGAUUUAUUAAUUACAAGCACGACUACAGCUGACACCGGGAAGUACACCUGCGUCCGUGCAAAUGAUGCGGGGAACGUUUCAGGGGAGGCUUUUCUAACUGUUCUCGUGAGAACGCAAAUAAUAGCCCCACCGGUAGAUACGCGAGUGUUAUUAGGCCAUACCGCAACGUUACAGUGUAAGGUUUCAAAUGAUCCGAACGUCAAGUAUAAUAUUGAUUGGUUCCACAAUAAACAGCCUAUGACGGCUGGUACCCGAGUGUGGGUGACAGCGGAGGGCGCGUUGACGGUGCAAGCCGUGCGCGCGAGUGACGCGGGCGAGUACACUUGCGUCGUGACGUCACCGGGCGGCAACCACACGCGGCACGCCACCCUCUCCGUAAUAGAACUUCCCUUCGCCCCCACCAAUGUCCGUGCGGUCAGGCUUGACGGGGCAACGCAGAGAGCCGUCAAUGUAUCAUGGACCACGGGAUUUGAUGGGAACUCGCCAAUACAAAAAUAUAUCGUACAAAGACGUGUUGUACCAGAAUUCGGUCCUACUCCAGACCCGUUGCUGAACUGGAUAACAGAACCAAUGAAUGUGUCUGCGAACCAGCGCUGGGUCUUGCUAACUAGCCUCAAAGCAGCCACUUCUUAUCAGUUCCGCGUGUCAGCUGUCAACACAGUAGGGGAAGGGCCUGCGUCCGACCCUACCGAUGUACUUACAUUGCCGCAAGAAGCUCCCUCUGGUCCACCUGUAGGGUUCAUGGGAUCGGCCCGCUCGUCAUCUGAAAUAAUAACACAGUGGCAACCGCCGCUUGAAGAACAUAGAAAUGGUCACAUACUAGGCUUUGUCAUCAGAUACAGAUUGCGUGGCUACGAAAACAGUCCGUGGACUUACCAAAAUAUUACCAACGAAGCUCAAAGAAAUUACCUUAUUCAAGAUCUAAUCACGUGGAAGGAUUAUAAUGUACAAAUAGCCGCGUACAAUGAUAAAGGUGUGGGAGUAUUUUCGGACAGUUACACAAUUAAAACAAAAGAAGGUGUACCCGAAGCUGCCCCAGAUAAUGUUCGUUGUGAACCUUUUAAUUCCACGGCGCUAACAGUUUGGUGGACUCCGCCAAACCCUCAGAAAAUAAAUGGAAUUAAUCAGGGUUACAAAAUGCAAGCGUGGAGAUGGGACGAUAACGAAGGCACGAACGUGGAACAAAAGCUAGUCAGCGUGCCGCCCAACUUACUUGACCCUCUGACUGAACAGUCAGCAAUCAUAAGCGGCCUAGAGAAAUUCACUGAUUAUAACAUUUCAGUGUUGUGUUUCACUGAACCAGGCGAUGGCCCACGAAGCGAUUUCGUUUUGAUAAGGACUAAAGAAGAUCUGCCAGACGAAAUAGUAAACCUGCAAUUUGACGAUAUAUCGGACCGAGCUGUACGGGUAUCGUGGUCGCCGCCUAAAAAAUCUAAUGGUAUAUUAAUUGGCUAUAAACUUAGCUAUGCCAUCAAAGACGACGAGAAUUCAGUCAAAGAAGAACUAUUACCCCCGAAUAUUACGAGCAUAAAGGUCGAACAUUUGCAGGCAAGUACUCACUACAAAUUCUGGCUGUGCGCAAUGACCGCGGUGGGCGAGGGUCCCGCUCGCGCGGCCACCAUCCAGUCGGGAGUGGAGCCAGUUCUGCCGGACGCACCUCGCAACCUGGCCCUCUCCAACAUCGAUGCCUUCUCCGUACUUCUCCAAUUCACGCCUGGCUUCGAUGGCAACUCUUCUAUCUCACUGUGGACAGUCCAGGCCCAAACCGCCCGUAAUUCAUCAUGGGUGACAAUAUACGAAGUGAAUGCGCCAGACGCCCAGUCCAUCCUAGUGACUGGUCUUGUCCCAUUCACAACCUACCGGCUGCGGUUGAUCGCGACCAAUGUUGUGGGUUCUUCACAACCUUCUGAACCGUGCAAAGAGUUUCAAACUAUUCAAGCGCCUCCGCAACACCCGCCGAGAAACGUCACUGUACGAGCUGUCAGCGCUACCAACUUGCGUGUUAGGUGGAUUCCCCUGCAACAAAGCGAAUGGUUUGGCAACCCCAAAGGCUAUAACAUCACGUACAAGCGGAGCGGGGCGAACGAGACCUUGUUUAGCGUGAUUGAUGACCACACAGCAAACUCACACAUACUACUCAAUUUAGAGGAGUGGUCUGUUUAUGAAAUACGUAUGACUGCUAUCAACGAAGUCGGUACUUCUGCAGAGAGUCCAACAGCCACAGAAAGAACUCGAGAAGCUGUACCUUCACGAGGUCCAAGUGACGUGUCAGCUAAUGCCACGUCAUCUACGACAGUGGUCGUCCUUUGGGGUGACAUCCCAGCACAAGACCAAAACGGUCUGAUCGAAGGGUACAAAGUGUGCUACGCCGCGGUGGUACCCCCGCCAAGACCGGAGCAUAAAAAAAUUGAAUGCCAGGCGAUACCAUCGAACCAAACACACACGAUAACGCUUACAGAACUCCGCAAAUAUGUUGUCUAUCAGAUUCAAGUAUUGGGUUACACGCGAUUAGGUGAUGGCGCCCUUAGCGACCCACCUAUUACAGUAAGGACUUACGAAGACACACCUGGUCCACCAUCCAACGUAUCUUUUCCUGAUGUAACGUUUACAACCGCUCGGAUCAUAUGGGACGUACCAGAAGAUCCAAAUGGCGAAAUAUUAGCGUACAAAGUUACAUACCACCUCAAUAACACAUCUCAGCACAUGUUUUCGAGAGAGUUCUUACCAUCUGAUAGAACAUUUAGAGCAACGGAGCUAGCUUCGGAGCGGUAUUACCUGUUUUCAGUGACGGCUCAGACCAGGCUAGGGUGGGGCGGCACGGCGCGCGCCUUAGUACUCACGACCGUCAACAGAGCUGCGCCCGCGCCGCCCGCGCGGCCUAAUGUGGCCCGCUCACUGUUGCAGCCGCACCAUAUCACCUUCUCUUGGACCCCUGGGGACGACGGCUACGCGCCGCUUAGAUAUUACACAGUUCAACAAAAAGAGGAUGGUGGUACCUGGCAAACAAUACCGGAGCGAGUGGAUCCGUUCGCGACGUCUUACACCGCCGAAGGCCUGAAGCCGUAUACCGCUUACCAGUUCCGAAUUCGCGCCACAAACGACAUUGGCCCGAGUCGUUACAGCAACGCUACUGAGACUGUACGGACAUUGCCAGCAGCGCCAAGCAAAGCAGUAGAAAACCUACACGUGGUGCCAAUAACGCCGAGCAGCGUACGAGUGCAAUGGUCGGCCCUAGGCGAGCCGCACUGGAGCGGCGACACACGCACCGGCGGCUACCGCGUGUUCUACCAGCCACUUACGGACUUCCCUACUGCUUUGCAGCAGACCAUGAAGCAGGAGGUGCCGGGGAUUAAGAGCGAAGAGGUGGUUCUAACCGACUUAUCAGUGGAUCGCAACUACGAGAUCAGCGUGUGCGCCAUAAACUCGCAAGGGGCGGGGCCCAGUGGCACGCCCGCGGUGGUGUGGGUGGGGGAGGCGGUCCCAACCGCCCCGCCCAGAGACGUCGCCGCAGAACCGCUGUCCCCCACUGAGGUCUCGCUCAAGUGGCAACCGCCCCUACUCGCGCAGCAGAAUGGAGACCUACUGGGGUAUAAGAUUUUCUACCUUAUGACGGAGUCGCCAGAAGAGCCCGAGCUAGGCAGAAAGGCUGAAGAGGAAAUUGAAGUAGUACCCGCCACCGCUACAUCUCAUUCUUUAGUGUUUCUGGACAAGUUCACUCAGUAUAAGAUUCAGGUGUUAGCGUUCAACCCAGCCGGCGACGGGCCGCGCUCGAGCGCUAUACUGGUGCGCACACAGCAAGGCCUACCGUCAGCGCCGCGCAAUAUUACCUUCAGCGACAUCACUAUGAACAGCCUGGUCGUGACCUGGGAAGCGCCCUACCGCCGCAACGGGCUCAUACAGGCCUACCUCGUGACGUACGAGACGGUGGAGCAGGAUGAACGGUUCAGCCGCCAAGUGAAGCAGAAAGUGGAGGAGCGUCGCCUGGCCGUGGGCGGGUUAGAGGAAGAGGUGGAGUACGCCUUCACCGUGCGCGGCGUCACCAUCGGCGCGGGCGCAGCGGCUGCCGCGCGCGUGCGUACUGGCCCCCAGGCCGGCUCCCCCGCGCCGCCGCGUUCACUACGCCUGGCGCCCGAUCCCGCCGCGCUGCACCUCAGCUGGGAGAAUGCGCCGUCCGGAAACGGCCCACUGCUGGGGUAUUACAUCGAGGCCAGAAAGAAAGAUGAUGCAAGAUGGGAGACUAUAACGCGCACCAGCAACGGAAUGUUAGUUGAGUUUACGAUAUCAUACCAGAGUUUGCUGCCGUCAACGGCUUACUCGUUCCGUGUGAUAGCGUACAACAAGUACGGGAUAAGCAACCCUACGUACAGCGACAAAGUGAUCGUGACGCCUUCCAAGUUGUACCUCGAGUAUGGAUACCUGCAGCACCGACCGUUCUAUCGUCGCACUUGGUUCAUGGUGGCGCUAGCGGCCGCGUCUGUCAUCAUCAUCAUAAUGGUCAUCGCGAUACUUUGCGUGAAGAGCAAAAGUUAUAAAUACAAAAAGGAAGCCCAAAAGACGUUAGAAGAGUCACUGGCAGGCGAGACGGACGAGCGCGGUUCACUGGCCAUGGAGCUGUACCGCUCGCGCCAGAACUCCGUGGCGAGCGUGGGCGCGCUCGGCGCCGGCGGCACGCUGCGGCGCAAGGCCGGCGCGCUCGGCAAGUCCCCUCCGCGCCCCUCCCCCGCCAACGUCGCCUACCACAGCGACGAGGAAAGCCUCCGCGCCUACGACGAAAACCCCGACGACUCCUCCGUCACAGAAAAACCAUCCGAAAUGAGCUCCACGGACUCGCAGAAUUCGGAGAGCGAGAACGAGAGCGUUAGAUCGGAGCCGCACUCGUUCGUGAACCACUACGCGAACGUGAACGACACGCUGCGCCAGUCGUGGAAGCGGCAGCGGCCCGUGCGCAACUACUCCAGCUACACGGACAGCGAGCCCGAGGGCAGCGCCGUCAUGAGCCUCAACGGCGGCCAGAUCGUCAUGAACAACAUGGCGCGGUCCCGCGCGCCGCUGCCCGGCUUCUCCUCCUUCGUAUGACACGAGCCGCCCGCGCCCGUCGCGGCGCCGCUGCAAGCCGUGCACAUGUAGCUUAAACACUGCCCUGUCUAAAGUCCGCUCGCCGAGCAGAUAGAAUUUCGUCCAAUGACCCCAAGCUACCUAUCCUUAUCAUCAUCAUCUCAGCCAUAGGACGUCCACUGCUGAACAUAGGCCUCCCC